UGAUAUGGAGUAGCGGUGUUUCGAACGUUCUGACAGCUAGUGGUAGCUAAACUCUCGUCAUCAAUUCACAGUGUUUUGUGUUGGGAGAAUUUUCAUUUUUAUUUAAAUAUUUACAAAAAUUCCCUAAACUAUUUCCAAUCGUUGACAAUUAUUUUAUUUACCAAGUGCAUUAUGUCUCGAAUCAUGGACAAGUCAUCAUUUUUAGUGUUGUGUACCUAAAAACUUAUACAGUUAUUACACAUUUUUCAACAAAAUACAUACAAGUGUAUGUGUGUGUGUGUGUGACUCGAUGAUUUUGAGAUUUUAAAUAGUGGAUUUUAGCAUUUCUUGUCGAAAUGUGGAGUCCAACUCACGUUCAGGUGACAGUUCAAAGAGCCAAAGGAUUGCUCACCAAAGGAAAACACAAAACCAACGAUUGCUUCGUGACAAUAUCGCUUGGCAAAGAAAAAUAUCAAACUUCAGUGAAAGAAAAAGCAAAUGAAAAUGUCGAAUGGCAUGAGGAAUGCGAGCUACAAAUCCCACAACAAGGAAAUACUGCCGAGAUUGUCCUAACAGCACUUCAUCGCAAUUUUCUAGGAGUCGACGAGUUUCUCGGAUUAAUUAGCAUACCCCUUUCCACAUUCGAUGUUUACGAGAGACCCAAAAAUCGAUGGUAUACAUUGAGGAGCAAACCAGGUAAGGAGAACACCAAGGAAAGAGGUGAACUCGAGGUGAAAAUUGGUUUCAUCGUGAAAGCAGGAAGUCUAACAGAUCUAACGAGAAAGGAACGUCACAAAAGCUCUCUGGGACAAUUGUCGACAGCCGCGCAAUCAAUAGGUGGCAGUUUAUUGAGCAUAGGCAGUCUCGAGAAACGAAAGGGUCUGAAAAAACUUGCAAAAUCGAUAGGAAACAAAGUCAAAGGCAAGAGCAAAAAUAAACUCGAUCAUGAUGAUUUGGAUGAACGAGAUGAACAUCAUUUUCGACCAACUAGACAAGAGCCUGGCGAAGCUGAUCCUGGUGUCAUUAGUGAAGACGAGGAUGAAUUCACUUUCGAUGACCUGUCCCACAAGAGUUCAGCGUCAUCUCUAAAUGCCCCGACAAUUGCGAAUCCAACUGGGAAUUCUAAUAAUAACAAUGGAAACACGACAAAUUUAACGAACACAACACAAAAAGUUCAAGCCAUCAACGAAAUUAAUUCGUCGUCUCCUGUUUCAAAUGUGGCACCAAAUAAACCGCCGCGAACGGUAAUCAAUAAUUCCCCAUACUCACCAUUGAUAAAAGGAGAAAAUCAAGAAGAUGACGAAUGGGGACUUAAACUUUAUGGAAAGCAAGGUGGUAAUGCCCUAAAAAGAUGGGAAAAUAAAUCUAAUCCAAGAAUUGUAGUGGAGGAAGCAAAAAAUGAACAACAUGAAUUAUCGCCAGUUUCUUCGCCAUUGCCAGUUUCAAGAUUUAGAGAUACACCAGAGCCACCAAAUCCAGCACCUCGUGAAAUUUCUCUUCCAAAAAAUAAUAAAGAAGAUAAAACGAAUAAAAGUACCAAGGAUGAAAAAUUAUUGACAAGAAGUCCGAAAGAGGAGAAAAUAUUUAAAAAAGAUAAGAAAAAGGAGAAAGAGCAAAAAUUCAAAGAAUAUAAUGAAGAUGGACGUUCAUCAGCGGAGAGAAUUAUUAUUGGUGGCGAGGACGCUACAAAAAAUAUUAAUAACAAAAGUCGAUUGCCACAUGAAGUUCUUGCCCAAUUUGAAGGAAAAUCAAGAGAAGAUUUAAUAGAAUUGACACUUCAACUACAGUCAGAGGUGUCAAACAACGAAAAACGUCUUCACGAUUUGGAAAACUACAUUGAUGCCCUACUGCUUCGAGUGAUUGAAUGUUCUCCACGACUUUUACAAAACCCUUUUCAAAGUCAAAGACGUCUAUCGUCACCAGGACAUCAAUCUCCACGCAAGACUGAGUCAACAACGGCAUGUGCUGUAGUUUUAUACGUAUCGCAAGAAACUUGGUUAAAGUCCAUUUUAGAUGGUAACGCACCUCGAAAUACAAAUGCCGAAUCUUCCGAUGAGGAGGAUGUUACCGAUUAUCAAUUUGAGGAUGAUCUCGAUUAUCUACGAUCAUUGAAUCCAAAGGAAUGGAAAGAUCAGGAUCAUUAUGCAGUACUUGGAAUUUCGAGUCUCAGGCAUAGGGCAACAGAGGAUAUUAUUAAAAGAGCCUAUAAACACAAAAUUCUAAAACACCAUCCGGACAAACGUAAGGCUAUGGGAGAAGAAGUUCGUGCUGACGAUGAUUAUUUCACCUGUAUAACUCGUGCCUGGGAAACAUUAGGAAACACUACUAAAAGACGAAGUUACGAUAGUAUCGAUCCAUAUUUUAAUGACGACUUACCGGACGAGAAAGAGGCUAAGGACAGUUUUUACCAAAUUAUGGGCAAAGCUUUUAAAAUAAAUUCAAGAUGGUCAGUCAAAAAAAUCGUACCCCGUCUUGGUAAUCCUAGUACGUCGAGGGAAGCUGUAGAAAAAUUUUAUUCAUUCUGGUACGAUUUUGAGUCGUGGAGAGAAUACUCAUAUCUAGAUGAAGAAGAUAAGGAAUCUGGACAGGAUCGCGAUAUGCGCAAGUGGAUCGAGAAAAAGAACAAAGCAGCGAGAGCAAAACGAAAGAAGGAGGAAAUGACGAGGAUACGCUCUUUGGUUGAUAUGGCAUAUAAUUUAGAUCCACGAAUUAAAAUGUUCCAACAACAAGACAAAGAUCGUAAGACUGCCGUGAAACGAGCGAAACAAGAAGCCAUAAAAGCUAAACAAAUGGAAGAAGAACGUGUCGCACGAGAAAUGGCCGAAAAAGAGAAACAGGAAAAAGAGAAACGCGAUUUAGAAGAGAAAGCGAGACAAGAUGCACUCAAACAGGAGCGUGAGGCACAGAAAAAAGCUUUACGCAAAGAACGAAAAGCCCUACGUGAUUUUUGUAAAUCGAAAAAUUAUUUUGCUGAAAAUACCGAGGAAAAUAUUCGUCAUAUGGAAAGUGUUGAAAAAAUUUGCGAACUCUUCAAAUUAGUUCAAUUAGAGGAAACAAUGAAAAAAUUACAUGCAAAUGGUAAAAGUGCAUUUUUGACUAUAAUCGCCGAAACGGAGCAAAAAAUUGCUGCUGAAAGAAGAAUUGGUAUAGUGUCUGAUACAAAGAAUACUCUUGAGAAACAGGUCAAAACAUGUAGUGCACCAUGGUCUGAAAGUGAUUUACAACUUUUAAUAAAAGCCGUGAAUUUAUUUCCCGCCGGUACCAGUCAACGUUGGGAAGUUGUUGCAAAUUUUAUCAAUCAACACAGUAAUGUUGCGAAUAGUGUGAAACGCGAUGCCAAGGAGGUUCUAGCAAAAGCCAAGGACUUACAAUCAACGGACUUCAGUAAAUCGAGUCUCAAGGAGCAAGCAAAUAAAAAGGCAUUCGACAAUUUUAUUGCCGACAAAAAAGCCAAAGAUAAUAUUGAUGAAAAAAUGCCAGCAGUUACCGAGAGAUUGGAUCCAAUUUCAAAUGGUGUGACGAACGAGGAUAAGGAUACGAAAAAAGAAAUGCAACCGUGGACAAUUGCUGAACAAAAACUUCUCGAACAAGCACUAAAAACUUUUCCAACCACUGUGCCCGAUAGAUGGGAUCAAAUUGCGAGUUGUAUACCAUCUAGAACAAAAAAAGAAUGUAUGAAAAGAUGCAAGGAAUUGGUAGAACUUGUUAAAGCGAAGAAAGCAGCUCAAGAUUUAAAAUAAUGUUGACUUUUAUUUAAAAUUAGAAUUGUCUCAUAAUUUAUUAAAUGACAAAGAAAAAGCAUUACCGGUGGAUGUCGUCUCCUCUUAGGAAGUAAAUAGGGUUUGCAAUUAUUCGAUUCAAUAACAUUUUUUUAAUUUAAAAAAGUGUUAUAAGCUAUCCGCAUGUGCAGAUGCUUUACAAAUGAAAUUUUCACGCGAGUAAGAAAAUUUCAAUAAUACGCGACUUUGCUUAUUUUGACUCUUUAUAAUAGUGAAAACAUGUUUACUGUUGACAUUCAUUUUUUUACCGUCAGAAGUCUAAAGCUAAUGGAAACAAUUUUUUUUUAAUUAAAAGAAAAGAAUAUAUAUAUAUACAUAUGUUUUUAAAAAUUAUUUUUGAACAAAAUUGGAGAGUGUUAUAAUAAAUUUUUUCUUUUGGACAUUUUUUGAAUCAAUUUUCCAGCUAAGACUAUUUGACAAGUGAUAAUAUAUAAAUCUCGUAUAACGGAAAUCUACGAUAGUUAUAAUUUGCGAUUAUGAAAAUGAAAAAGAUAUUUUACAAUUAUUUCAAUUUUCAUAAUGAAUUGUUAACAUGAAAUUAAUUAAAAUUGACAAGAAAAAGGGGAAUUGUUAAAUUGAAAAUAAUAUAAAAAAGAGGAAAUUUUUUUCAUGGAUUCAUAAUAUAAUGUUUUUUAUAGAAAAUAAUACACAGUUAUAUAAGAUAGUUGAAAUCCUUAUAUUUUAAUUUGACACAUUUUCGACAACAACAUCAACAACAACAAGUUUUGUGUUAGUUUUUUUUCGUAUUCGACAAAAAUGCUAUUCACAGUUCCUUCAGUGUAAUCCCCCAGGAGAAAAAUUUUUAAAAAACGAUGUAAAUUUAAUUACAGGAAAAAUAUAGUAAACUAAAAGUACUUUUAA